AUGUUCUCACCGGUGAGAAUUCGCGAGAAAGUGAUUUUUUCUCCCCUAAAAACACUAUUCCAGUUGAGAAUGUCCGCGAAAAUCAUCUCAAUCGACGAUUGGAUUCGUAACGCCACUUCCGAGCAAUUCGAGCCGAAAAGUCAUCGCAUUUUCGAUGUUUUCAUGCGAUUUUUCGUCUUUUACGUGGCAAUCGCCUACGUUUACGUGGUCAGUUUGGGUCUCGCCACGAAAAUCGAGUUUUUCCGAUUUUUUACAUGUUUUCUUCGAAGAACCGAAAGAAAAUCGAGCUAGCGCAGAUUACUGUACAUUUUAAAGGCGCAGCACUGAUUUUCAACGCAAAAAUUGCACUUUUUCAGACAAUUCGAUACAUUCACGAUCUCUACACCAUGCUCAUCAUGAAAUUCGGCCUGAAUAUUACGCGACAACCGAAACAAUUCGCCGGAAAUUCGGAAAAUUCCUACAAUUGGCUCGUCACCGAAAAUCAACAAAUCGGCCUGAAUUGUGCCGACCAUUAUCGAUCGAUUGCCACAAAGAACUUGCGUGCCGCCCAAAAAUUUAUCGAUAAACUUCUGGGAGAUGAGAUUUUUCGUGUGCCCGCCUUUGCAACUACCGUAUCCGUGGCCGCUCGCGCAUUUUCGGUCGGCUCGAAUUGCCACGAAUUUUUGCCGUUUUCCGAGAAUUCAAGCGAUUUUCAUACGUUCCAAUUGAUCACAGAAAAUAUUCAAGUGACGUGGCACAAUUCGAACGGGCUACGGUAUCUGGCCGGUUACUGUAUUCACCUGGAAAACGUGGAAGCGAAUUUGAAACGGGAAUUGCGGAAAUUCAAAAAGUUUCUACACAAACAGCCGGUUUUUCAGGAAUGUGACGAGAAAAUUUAUGUUAAAAUUGAGAAUUGUUAUUGAUUUUUAUUCUAUUCUCAUUUUUUAAAUGAAUAUUGCCAUGUUUAUUGUCGAUAAAUCUGUAAAUAAAUUAUAUCUAAAUUCAAAUUGGAAACUCCCGCCAAUUUUCCGUCACAACGACACUCCGAAAUAACGCCUGUCUACGGUUUAUUUUCCAGCGAAAAUUCAUCAUUUUUUCAGCGAUUUUUUUGCAUUUGCAGCCAAUUUCAGACAUUUUCAGCAUGGCGGGACGCGACCGGCUCAUGGAAAUGAAGGAAUUGGCCGGAUUGGAGCAGGGAAGGGCCCACGAGUCACCGAAUCGCGUAAGCUUUUCAAGAUUUUAAUUUCCGGUAAAACAUCGCCGAAACGACAUGAAAACAUUAAAAUCUAUGCAAAAAAUUGAGAGAAUUCAAUUUUUCCCGGCGAAACGCUCAAAUUUGCAGCCAAACCCGCGGCAAUCCCGAGAAUCGUUCGAGAUUUUUAUGGCGAACGUCGACGAACUCCGCCACGUGAUGAUGACGUUGAGCAUGGAUCGGGAAGCGAUUCGCAAAGAGCAGGUACCUACGAAAUUCCGAAAAUCGGAUUUUCCGCCCAAUUUCACCGAUAAUUUCAAAUUUACAGGUGGAAUCGCUGGCGAGCGGCGCGUCGGAUUCGGCGAAGAGCCGCCAGCUCAAGGAGCACGUCGAUCGAUUUAUUCGACAGGCAAGAGCGCUCAAGGAACGGCUCGCACACGCGAAUUCCGAAGUUUCCAAGUGCGCCGACACCGGACACGGAUCCGGAAGGGCCCGCAGAGAGCAGGUUCGGUGGGGGACCGAUUUUCUAUUGGCUAACACUUUGGGCUCAUUUCGUAGCGAUUUUUCGAGAGACAAGCUGAAAAAUUGAGCAUGUGUUCCGAAAAUUCUAAAAUAUCGUUCAGAUCCGCGUGCUGAACAUGUCGUUCGAGUCGAUAAUGAUCAAAUUCAACGAGGAGCAGACCGAGUACAAAAGACGGGCGGCGCAGAAGAUCGGCGACUAUCUGCGAAAGCAGAACAUUGAAGUUUCGGACGCGCAGAUCGACGAGGCGAUCGAGUCGGGCAGUCUGUUCCAGCUGACACGCAACGUCCAUCUCGGCGUCCACCAGAAGAGGUCCCUUUUCGAGGACGUCAAGGAACGCGCCACCGAUAUCAUGCUCAUCGAGCAGCAGAUCCGCGAGAUCGCCGACCUCUUCCAGGACCUGCAGCUCAUGAUUUCGCAGCAAGGUCCGCAUUUUUAGGCCUUUGAGAGCAAAUUUUAUUCAAAAAACGUUUGCAGGCGAGACGCUGGAACGAAUCGACACAUCGGUGUCGGGAACGCGAGAAUAUGUGGCAAAAGGCGAGCGCCAAGUGAAGGCGGCGGUCGUUUCGCACCGCCGCAAUCGAAAAAUGAAGAUCUUCGUCGUGAUCGCCCUCAUUCUGCUCGUGUUCGUCCUCCUCGUCCUCCUCAAAAUAUUCAUGCCCUUCUAA